GAUUUAUUGUGGUUCAGUUUCCGCAGGGACGUGUUUGCAGCAGCUGCCGUGCCUCUAUUGUGUCUCCUCCCUCCUGCCUCCCUGGAUGCUGCCUGCAGAGUGUGAGGCUACAUUAGCAACAACGUGUUAACCCUUGAGGGCUCAGCCACGUGCAGGCAGCUAGAGCGAGGAAGAGUCCGCAAGAGAUGCUAGCUCACCAAGCAGAAGAGAUUUCCUCCAGCAGCACCAAGGCAUUCCCUGGGGAAUACCCCAUCUGAGAGCAGUACGGUUGCUUGUGGCGCUCAUGAGCAGGUCCCCGGACAAUCCUCUCUGGAUAGACUGCAGGGAGAUGUGGGGAAAGGGGAGCUGCUGCUAACGUGUGAGCAAGAAACAGAAGGGGCUCAAGGAGCUGAAAUAGGACGGUGUCCCCGUGGAAGUCUGUUUUAAAUGUAACGCUCAGGGUUAUGUGUUGCUCUUCAGGCGGAUCGGGGCGGAAACUACUACUGCCACAGACCCAGAGGUCCCUUUUCCUUGGGGGAACAACCAGCUCUCCCUGCUGUUUCUUUAAGAGCAUAGGAGGAAAGGGGAGGUGCCAGCUCUGGAGGCUGUGAGUGCUUGAGGAAUACAAGGAAGGAAAUCCUCGCACAAAGCGGAGCUGGAGCGGAGCUGGCCGGACGCCACCCAGCCGCCCCAGCCCCUGUGUUCAUUCAGAGCAGCCAGAUGUGUUUGUGGGUGGGGAGAAGUCUGAGUCGAGCUAACGUUUGCAGAUCAGAGAAGGGGAGUGAGAGAGCAGGGACCCCCUAGAGCUGCUGUGUGGGUGGAUUUUCAGUAAGGAAUGGAAAGGACGCCGUAGGCUUGCUGAGGAGUAAGAAGAGGACAAUAGUGAAUGGGAUCCAGUACCAAGUCAUACCUAGAAUGCUUCAGAGGUCGUACACGUUUGUUUUAUGUUUUCAGUAGAGAGCAACCAAGCAGCCUGCCCCUUCCUUCUGUGAUAUACAAAUCAAAGCUGGUAUCCUCAGGAGACAACGACAAGGAUCUCUGCCGUUUUAGGAGAACAUGGGGCAUCCUGCGUUAGAAUUCAGCGACUGCUACCUGGACAGUCCGGAUUUUCGAGACAGGCUGAAAUGUUAUGAGCAGGAGCUGGAGAGAACCAACAAAUUCAUAAAGGAUGUGAUUAAAGACGGGAAUGCACUUAUCAGUGCUAUAAAAACUGAAUCGUUUAAGGAAUUUGCAGAAUUGCUCCAGGAGGUAGAACUUGAGAGAUCAAUGAUGGUCCAAAAUGCUAGUGAUUUGUUGAUCAAACCACUGGAAAAUUUUCGUAAGGAACAAAUAGGCUUCACCAAGGAAAGAAAGAAAAAGUUUGAGAAGGACGGUGAGAAGUUUUAUUCCAUGCUGGAUCGCCAUUUGCAUUUAUCGUCUAAGAAAAAAGAGUCCCAGUUACAGGAGGCUGACUUGCAGGUUAAUAAAGAGAGACACAAUUUCUUUGAGUCAUCCCUGGAGUAUGUGUACCAGAUCCAGGAAGUGCAGGAGAGCAAGAAGUUCAGUAUUGUGGAGCCGGUGUUGGCCUUUCUUCACAGCCUCUUUACAUACAACAACCUGACCGUUGAACUCACGCAGGACUUCCUCCCUUAUAAACAGCAGCUUCAGCUCAGCCUGCAGAAUACGAGGAAUCACUUUUCCAGCACGCGAGAGGAGUUGGAAGACCUGAAGAAAAGGAUGAAAGAAGCUCCCCUGACUUGCAAGCUACCCGGGAAGCCAACCAUAGAGGGUUAUCUGUACACUCAGGAGAAAUGGGCACUGGGCAUAUCUUGGGUGAAAUAUUAUUGCCAGUAUGAGAAGGAGUCAAAGAUGCUAAGGAUGACUCCCAUGGAGCAGAAGCCUGGAGCUAAGCAAGGCACCUCAGACUUGACACUGAAGUACUGCGUAAGGAGAAAGACUGAUUCUAUAGACAAGAGGUUUUGUUUUGAUAUUGAGACGAAUGAAAGGGCCGGGACUAUCACAUUGCAAGCACUUUCAGAAGCUAAUAGACGGCUAUGGAUGGAGGCCAUGGAUGGAAAGGAGCCAAUCUACCACAGUCCCAUCACAAAACAGGAAGAAAUGGAGUUGAAUGAGGUUGGCUUCAAGUUUGUAAGGAAAUGCAUCAAUGCAGUAGAGACCAAAGGGAUCACUACUGAGGGAGUGUACCGAACCGUUGGCAGUAAUAUCCAGGUGCAGAAGUUGCUGAAUGCCUUCUUUGAUCCAAAAUGUCCCGGGGAUGUAGAUCUCCAAAACAACGACUGGGACAUCAAGACAAUUACCAGCUCAUUGAAAUUCUACCUCAGGAAUCUAGCUGAACCUGUCAUGACGUACCGACUCCAUAAAGAGCUGGUCUCAGCAGCGAAAUCUGAGAACCUGGAUUACAGGCUGGGAGCCAUUCACUCUCUGGUUUAUAAACUACCUGAGAAGAAUAGAGAGAUGUUGGAACUCCUCAUACGACACCUGGUCAACGUGUGUGAGCACAGCAGAGAGAAUCUGAUGUCCCCAUCCAACAUGGGGGUUAUAUUCGGCCCCACCCUUAUGCGGGCGCAGGAGGACACGGUCGCUGCCAUGAUGAAUAUCAAGUUCCAAAACAUUGUGGUUGAGAUCCUCAUCGAGCACUUUGACAAGAUCUACUCCAGCCCACCUGAGGACAGUGCUGCCCCCCCAGUGCCUCCUCCCAGGGUAGCUGCCCGAAGGCACAAACCCAUCACAAUCUCCAAGCGCCCGCUGAGGGAAAGACCUGUCUUCUAUGGUGGUUCCCUGGAAGAAAAUCAAGGUGACACCCGUGAUCAGACUCCUAACGGCACCAUCAUCUCGAAUAGUACAGAAGCCCCCAAGCCGCUACAUCGCAGCAGACUGUCUACACAGAGAGCAGGGGAGGCUGAUCCUGGGAGGCCUGGCUCAGAGAGCAAGCAUGAACAGUCCUCUGAGGUGGUUGUGGGAAAGCUGGUGUCCAAGCUGCAGGAUGGGGGAGCUAAGCUCGCCAACAAGGCCACAAACGGAGUGGUGACUGGCACCACUGCUCUAAAGACCUCUGUUGUCCAUGCUAAGAGGCCUACUCUGAAGCCCAUGAUAUACAGCAAGGAGGGUGAGUACGACACCUUCACUAAAGCUCGAUCCCCUGGAGAUAAGCCAGUGAUAACACGGCCCCCAGUGAGACCUCCAGACCCUCCUUGCAGAGCUCCCCCAUCCCAGAAGCUGGAGCAGAAGCCUGAGCCAAUAGCAGGAGGAGCGGAGGAAAUGCCUUCAUCUGUAGUGGCCUCCAGAACAAAGUUCUUCGAGACAGCUUCCCGGAGAACAAGCAGCUCCUCAUCACCGCAAGGCAGACUCCCAAGUGAUGAGAGCUGAGGAUAAAGGCUUCUAUCCACCUAAGCCUGGCUGGCUCCAGGAGAUUUUCCCUGCUUCUGAAAUGGAUUCCCCUGCUCCCCAGACUGUUUCAAUCUGUGUGAUGUGAUCCUGGAGGGCAGCUGUCCUGUUGGACACUGACUGUGGAGCAUACCAUUGUGAAUAGCUCGUGCAGUUAAAAGAGAGGGGAAUGAAAUAGGAGGAAGACCCAGCCCUUGUCCCUGUUAAAUUAAAUGUUUGGUUUGGGCCAUUUUGCCACAGCUCCCCUUGCUCCUGCCUUGGGCAACAUGUAAAGGACGCUUGUCAUAUCUAAGGAGGGUAAUAAACCAUGGGACUUACAGAGUGGUGAGAGCCGACCUAAUCUACAGAACUGAGCGGCAGGCAGGCCAUGGAAGGAAUAGCAGAGAGCACUGAAAGCAAUCUGCCCUCCAACCCUUUGGAAAUUCCACUCUGGAAAGACAUUGAGCUUGGAUGGAUGUGCAGUCAAAAUGCAAGCGACCAAUACCCAGAGCUUGGGUACCUGGGCAUGACGAGCUGACAUCCUUUUGCUGUUGGAAAGUUCUUGCUAUUGACAUGCUGUUUUAAAAAAACUGGUUUGAGUGCUAAGUAAACCAUAUUGUGUUGUUUCAGUGGUUAAGGCAUUACGAGAAAACUCUGUUAACCAUAUGGGUCCAUGUCCUGGUUCCACUGAAGGCCAGUGUUCAGCCCAACAUACAUAUAGCUGUGCAAUGUUCAGUCUCCCUACCUUCCCCCACAGACCUAAGGCAGCACCUCGCCCAUUUCUGAUCUUCCUUACAUGCUGAAAAUGUCCCCAAGCCAUUCCCAGGAGCCAGUGUUCUGUUAGUCAGGGGCCUUUGUGGAGCUGCUCCCCGAUUUCCCAUUGCUUGGAAGAAGAGGUUACAUGUUAUUACAAACACCCUUCUAUAAAGUUAGUGGGUCUGAAACCAAAGCAAACCUCCACGCCGUGAAUUCCAGCUGUGCCUAGUGCACAAAUACUGACUUGCCAAAGGACCACUGCAGAGCAUGCAAUUUGCUGGUGCUUUCAGAGCUGUCCUCAUCGCCUGUCUGUGUGCGGCUAAUGUGAAAUCCUGCUUUAUUAAUGAAUGUACUUCUGGUUUUUGCGGGAAAUGACAGUGGUGUGUGAACGGUGUGCCUGUUCCCUUAGUCUGCAGUCCUGUGCUCACAGCUGGCAAUCCCAGAGGUGUGCUUGUAGCAGUGGCAGGUGAAGGUGGCUUUUAAAAAAGUGAUGUAAACAUCAGUAUUACAUCGUGCACAUCAGCAUCUCUGGGCUUUCAGAGUGUGUGAGCAGCCAGUCCAGUUCCUCCAUGACACACUCUUGUGAUUAGAAAAUCACUAUCAACGCCAAAAAAGUAACAUUCUCUUCAGGUGAAGUUGUUAAAAAUGCACAAAGAUAAGAUGGCCCAACUGCAAGUGUGCAUAAUGGAAACUGAGAGCUAGUGGUACAGUGCUUUCACCUGUAUCAGAAUUACACUAAUCUUGUGGGGAAUCUUCUCCAGAGUCUAUGGACCAAUUUCAUCUGGUAUCAGUGGAGCUGCACCUUUUUAAUCCAGGUCUGAAUUUGGCCCUGACUCUCUCUCCAAGGAGUGGAGGACACAAAACCACCAUUCUGCCACUAAGAAUUUAGCCACCAUUUUGGCCACAACUCUCAAAAGUUUUGUGUGUGUGUGAUCAGACAACAUUUCCAAACGUGCCCUCUAAUUUUGGAUGCCCAGUUUUGAGACACCGUGGGCCUGGAUUUUCAAAAGAGCCGAGCACCCAAAAUUCCUGAAGUCAAAGAGAGCAGCAAAUGCUCAGCAGCAUUAAAACCCAGCCUCUAAGUAUCUAAAUAUUAGUCACUCAAAAGCAGACACACCCAGAAUCGGAGGCCCUUUUGAAAAUGUACUGUUAAUCAUUCUCCCCACCACCGCAGCUGUACUGAUAAAUCUUCUGUAUGCAGAAGGAAAUAAAGAAACAGAGCCAGA